UUUUCAGCUUAUAAAUUCAGCGUUUGCGCUGCCAGAAUGCGCGUCCCCUCACUCCCUCGGCUUUGUUUGUUGUGAUUUUUGGCUAAGAUGGGGGAAGAAGUGAGCGUUAACGUUUUCCGCAAUCGGAACAGUGAAAGCGACGAUCAGAACCUUGAAUUGGAUAUUUACCCUUUGAGUAGUUAUUACUUUGAAUCCAAACUUCCCAUUCCCUUCAAAGACCACUCCUUAGCCGAUCGUGUUCUCAGGAUGAAGUCCAAUUAUGCUGCCCGUGGAAUUCGAACUUGUGUGGAAGCUGUCUUAUUGGUGGAAUUGUUCAAACAUCCACAUCUGUUGCUUUUGCAAGUAAGAAAUUCCAUUUACAAACUUCCUGGUGGUCGUUUAAGGCCAGAUGAAUCAGAUACUGAUGGGUUGAGGCGUAAGCUUGUAAGGAAGCUUUCUGUUAAUGAAAAUGGGGAUGGUUCAGAAUGGGAGGUGGGUGAAUGCCUUGGAAUGUGGUGGAGACCUGAUUUUGAAGCAUUACUGUAUCCUUUCUUGCCACCUAACGUAAAACAUCCGAAGGAGUGUACAAAACUCUUCCUUGUGAAGCUUCCUGUGAGUCGAAAGUUCGUUGUGCCAAAGAACAUGAAGUUGUUAGCUGUCCCAUUGUGCCAAAUUCAUGAAAAUCACAAGACAUAUGGGCCAAUUAUAUCAGGGGUUCCACAGCUGCUGUCAAAAUUCUCUUUCAACAUGAUGGAAUCUUAAUACCUGACUGUAACCUGUUUAUCAUCUAGAGUAAAGUGAUCUCAUUUGGCAGGCAGUCAUAGUCUAUGACUAAGGUUAUGCCCCUUUGCACCUGCUCCUUAUUUGGUGUCUGGACAGGGACUUGUAUAUAUCAUGGCUUUCUAUACAAAAAAAAAUUGAUACUGUAAUGUUGAAAACUAUACAUAGUAUACAGGCAUGUAAAGUGUGAAAUUUUCUUCAGAGUAAUGGACUUGUUUGGUUCUUUCAUUUUCGCCUUUGUUUUCACUUGAUAUGAUAACACAAAAACUUGCGUUGACACCAAAUUACUAGCUUUUCUUCUAAAAUUUCUUGUAAAACAUAAGGGUAAGAUCUUCAUUAGGAACUGGGUGAGCAAGAUAACAGCUAGUCCAUCGGCAAGUAACUUGAUACCAUAUAUGUAUUCAGUAAAAUACUUUGUACUUUUGACACGGUUGGCUUGACGCAAGAUCGUGACUCAUUGAUGUAGAAUCUGUAGAACUUGCCAAGCAGCACAUGAGAUGGUAUUUGGAAUGCAAGGGUCCAGUUAUGCUAGAAUGUCAUGCUUGAGCAGCAGAUCUUGUCAUUGCCGAGAGGAGGGUCUGGACUAGUUUUGACAGGUUUUGGAGGAACCACUGAUGCUGCGAAGGAAGUAACGUUAGUAUAUUUGGCUGCCAUGGAGGCUAUUUUUGGAUCGAUCUUCUUAGAGCUGGACUGACAAGUCGCGAAGAGUUUUGUUGUAUGAUAAGUUUAUAUUUUAAUAUAUUUUAUGACUUAUAAUUUAUAUAUAUUUAUAUUAAUUAUGUU